AUGGGUCGUCACAGACGAGCUCGAUCGGACAAAAGUUCCCCUCGCCUUCAUCCGGCCUCCGAGCGAAAAAAAUAUGGGGGAAGAGGGGGAGAGUUCGGACCAGUUCACCGGUACACCGGACCAGAACACUCCGUCUCAGACACAGAACAUGCAGAAACGACUGGAAAAUACAAUCAGUCAACCAGUUCAAGACAAGAUCUCAGCCAUUGUGGAAGAUGUCUCAUCGUUCUCAGACUUGGAGAAGCUGCUUUUGUACCUGAAGCUGCCACAGGGGGUGCCAGGAAGAAUGAAGAGUUUAAACCACAGAAUGCACAGCCCUCCGGUAUUGCUUCUCGUGUGGAGCAGACCAACGCUCUACACUGGAUCCGCAGUCAUCUGGAGGUACAUCCCGACACUUCCCUGCCAAAACAGGACGUGUUCGACGAGUACAAAACCUACUGUGACAACAUGAAGUAUCGCAACUUGAGUCCUGCAGACUUUGGCAAGAUGAUGAAGAUGGCAUUUCCCAACCUGAAGGCACGCCGUCUGGGCACUCGCGGGAACUCCAAGUACUGUUACGGUGGGCUGCGGAAAAAGUCGGAACUCCAGCCUCCCUCCUUCCCCUCUCUGGACCUCCCCUCUAAGUCAGAUCAGAUUAACUCAUCUACGAGCCUACUCCAAAGCCUGUCAUGUCCAGCUGAACAAAACGAUGACCAGAUUGUAUCAGCGGCGAGUUACCUGAUAUGCGAGUGGGCGCAGGGCGCUCUCAAACGGUCAUUCGACACUGUGCUUGACCUGGCCCGGUACCUGAUACUCAACAACGUGGUUUCAAGGGCGUCAACAGCUGCCUUCACAGUACUCCACGCAGGUGACAAGGCCACAACGUCACCACGGGCUGGCUCAGCCAAUGGGGGAGCCUCCCUGAAACCGUUGCUGUCACCGUCACCGUUUGGUAAACCACUGGAUGCAAAGCAACAGUUACAGCGGAAAAUCCACAGGAAACAACAGGCUGAACAGCUUAGGAAGUUACGAGAAGAACAAGGUGUACCGGCAUCUCAAGCAGCAGAACAGGUCACCCCUCCUCAAACACCUACCAAUCAGGGAGCAUCUUUCCAGCUGCCAACCAAUCAGGUACCAGUUUCCCCCAUCAAGCAGACCAACCAGGUUGCAGCUGUCAUUAUCAAAGUAACGAAUCCUGUGACAGCUUCUUCCAUGAAUCUGACCAAUCAGGUGCCUGCUUCCUCCAUUGCUCAGGCAGAUAAAUAUGAGACUGUGACAUCAGCGAAACCCUCCGGCUCAGGGGAUGAAAACAAACACAAGACACAAGACAAAGGACCAACAACAAGUAAGAAAGGUGACCAGGAUACUGGAGUGUCAUGUCCCUUGAACAGUGCGCCUAAAACUCAGGAUGCUUCUAAGGCAAGUGCAGAAGCUGUGAACUCAGGAAAAGUAUCAAAGGGGGGUAAAACUGCCACAUCAAGUGCUGCUGGACAGGCAAAGAAAACGGUAGCUCCAGGGGAAAAUAAGACUGUUGUAAACUCAGCAACAGUUGUCCUGCAAGGCAUAUCAGAGACUAGCAAGACUGUGAGUGCAGGAGGUGUGUCUCCAAGGGACUCGCUGACUUUAACUGUCACUUCUACAACUAGCUCAUCCCAGGGAAAGUCUUCAAACAGUGCCUUUGGAAAACAGGCUGUCAAGUCAGGUAGAAAAGAAUCCCCUGGCAAGGUGACAACACAGAGGACAACACCAAACGUAGUGGUUGCUCCAAAGGGUAGCAUCCCCACCAUCGCGGUGACGCUCCCGUAUAUCUACAAACUUGUCUCACCUGUCGUAACUACGUCCUCCUAUUCUUCAACCGCUCCAACUACCUCUUUGCAAUUGAACGCUGCUGUAUCCAGCCAGAAACCGUUGUCCACAGCCGUGCCUGUCGGCACCGUCCUCUCUACGGGAACAGCGCCAAUCAUCCGUGUGGUUUCCUUGGCAACCACUGGGGCCCCACCGGCUUCAAUUUCUAGCGCAUCAGGGCAUCUUGCUGCCCUCGCAACACGACAAGUAGCAACCAACCAGAAACCUGGCACUGCGGUUGUAGCAAUCCCUCAGAUAUACACCACAACCAGUGAAAGCACCAUGGCUGUUCCCAUUGCUACGGUGACAUCAUCUGUUGCCAAGGCAACAGAGGUUACCAUGGUGACAACACCAUCCCUUGUCUCAACAACAUGCAAGGCGAAGAUUGCUGUAUCAGCAGCUUCGGAGAAGAGACCAGCCAGUGAAGCCUCGUCGCCUGCAAAACGAUUGGCCGUGAGCCGGGUUGUGGAAGAUAGGACACAGAGUAACUCCUCUCAAAACAGACAAAGGACCACACCGCAGUCAGAAAACACUCCACAGGACAGUUCCCCCUGCAUCCAGAUGGUGGCCAGUACACAACCAAGGCAGGGGCUGCCACAUAACUCGCCUUUGCAGGUUGUUAACGUGAACACGCUUGUUGCUGAUAGCAACAGAUUGCCACAGGAUGCCCAACCCAGCAACCAGAGCAACGGGGGUGAGCUGAAACUAAGUAUGCCCAGUCAGGACUUGCUAUCACCAAAUCAAGAAGUCAGGAAUAUUAUGCAGCAACCCUCCCACCUCUCCUCAAAAAUGGCAUCCUCCAACCUAAGCACACAAGGGAAUAGAAGUAAAGGCAAUACUCCGCUGCCGGAGAUUGCAGAGUUGGUGGAUUACCAGUAUGGGUCAAAUCUUUCACACACCAACACUCCCACCCCAAGAAGCAACCUGCCUUCCCCCUGUAUGGAGAUGGAACAGGCCAUGAGACAGCAAGCUCCAUUGGCACAGGAUACAAUGAUGGCUUAUACCACUCUUGCGCAGGAGACCCAGAUAAAUAUUCAGUUGCAGCAAAAGGUCGUCCAGGAUGCUGUCGACCAGGUUAUUCAGUCGACCACACCCAUGUCCACCCCACGUGCCACCCCUACUCAAGGAAUGGGCACUCCCAGGGCCACCCCUACCCAAGAAAUGCUGACUCCGAGGCACACCCCUACAUGUAUGUCCAUGUCUGCACCCAACAGCAUACCGCCAAGUCCCGUGGAUCAGCAGGAACCGUUCUCGUUCAUGCCCAUACAACAGAACCCUGUAUAUGACGAUGGUAACAUGAACAUUAACACCUCCAGCCCCAUCAAACCCAUGCAAAGACCGAGGGCAACGCAUUUUAAUGCUAACAACUCCAACUCGAACCCCGAAUGGGCAGACAAACAGCAAGGUAACACUGCCUCCAGUCGACAACACCCUCCACCGAGUUAUCAAGAGACGAUUGCACAGAGGAAUGGCAGCAACAACAGCAGCAACGUGCAAAAGCUGGGAGGCGGCUCCGUUUUCCGCAACCCCAACGAGAGUGCGGCUGUUUUUCGGAGUCCUACUAACGGACAGGACAACAUACAGCAAAUCAGACAACGCUUCAUUCAAGAGAGGCUCGGUCAGAAUAGAUUUUCUAACCAUCCGGCAUACACGAUGAGAAGAAACCCCCAUCGUAACCUGUCCGGUGGUUCAAACUCGUCAUUAACAUCUCCCUUGGUUUCGCCGUGUAGCAGUCGCAGCAUCACGCCGGUGUCUCCGAUCAUGGAACACGGAAACCAGAUGGAUGCGAGUUACGGCAGUCUGAAUCAAAGUACCGGAUCGAGAAUCCACCUUCCCCAGUCGCCAAUUUACCCAUCAGGCCAUGCUGGUGUAAGCUACCCGGUGCAGAAUCGUAAUCGCCACCGUAACUUAUCCGGGUCGAUACUGUACUCGCCCCACCACCAGUCCAGCCUGAGUGCCCAGCUGAGGGCGUACACUCAACAAAUGCAUCAGCAGCAACAACACCAGCAACAGCAGCAGGCUGUUCCAACAGAUCAACAGCCCCCCACCACCUUCAGGAGCCAGUCAGUGCCGUUACCCGAACUUUUGAACAACAUAGCUGGUUUCAAUAAUUAUAACCAGCAGGUUAAUGUUAACCAAGAUUACACAAACAUGCCAAGCCAGACAAAUGUAGGUACCUACGCAGCAAAACGAAACUUGACAGAACUGUUGGAGAAAGAGAGCGCUCAGGGUUAUUCCGAUGAUCCGACGUACGAGGACGUCAGCAAUGCCUUACAGGCUAAUGCAGGGAAUUACCAAGAAAACAUUCUUCAAACUGACUUCCAAAAUGGCAGCCAAGGUCAAGAGGAAGUGCAAAAUCAGGGAUAUGGUGUGAACCAGUUCGGAACCCAAACAUGGCCGAGUGGCGGGUCGGGUAGUACGUCACCGGACCUGAUUAACGAAAUCGCAGCAAACCUGGCCUCGAUGGAAGAAUUCAGUAACCUCGACAGCAACUCUUUGUUUGAUCCGAGUAAAGUACCUGACUCAGACACACCGUCGACGCUGGACGACAUGACAAGUCUCCAUGACGUGGGCUCGUUCACGGAAAUGUGUGACGAUACGGGCGCGCAAGGCUGUGGUGGUAGCGUUACCGGUAUGGACGUGAUGGGGGGAAACGGUAACUUUGCUCUCACCACGAGCACAGGAUAUGGUGUGCAAGGGUGGUGAGAGUGACAUGUUCGUCACACCCCUUCAGAAAUGGUUUAGUCCAAAGCUAUGUGAAAGUGUGUGCUGUUGGGUGGUUCCAUUUUUGAGAAUCAUGGGGAUGGUGUUGUACAUAGUUUUUGACAUGAACAGUCAUGUUUAAUGUACAGUCAGAUGAUCUAUGGGAUGAUUGCCAUUCGGGCUUAGCAAAGAGUUUGUUUAAAGGGAAAAUGUUGUAACCAGGUAUGAAUGUGGAGUUUAAAAAAAAAAACAGUUAAACAUCUUAAAUUUGUUUAAGCAUCUAUUGCUCUCACCAAAACAUAUUUCCAUGUCCUGCUCAAUCUUUUGCAACAAUUGUUGAAUACAAGGAAGUAAACCAAAUACUUUCAAAUUUUACUGCUAAGAUAAGCAUUUUCAAAUCUUCCACAGUUUUAAAUGGGAAGACAAUUUGCUGUUUAACAGAGAAUACUACACUGUACAUUUUUUUUAAGAUUGGCAGACACAUUACAGAUGCAGGGGAAAUGGUAACAAUAUUGUGGCGAGACCUUUCACUAUGGAGCAAAAUAAGCACUUAUUAGUUAUGUAUAGAAUUGUUCCUCUGUGUGGACAUUGUCUGGUCAGAUCAGGUCUCACAAUUGACAUCAAAACAAACAAAAGUUAUGGUAGACAUUCAACAAAGAGUUCCAAAAAAGAUGAUAACUAAACUUGUAGUUUCUGGGUAGAGUUGAUUUUCAAACUGUGCAAUAAUAGAGCAAAAGCAAUAGAAAACCAACAGAAAAUAUCCUUCAAUUGAGAGGACCUUUGGCAUUGAAAAUGAAAGUUUCUGGUAUUCGAAUACGGUUUUAAAUCAGAAUAUCCUCCAAAUAAGGCUUUGAGCUAUGGCCAUGGCUUCUUUCUAAAAUUUUGCUUUGUACAUAUGACAAAAAGAUAAGUCAUUUGCUUGGUGAUCUGUGGCAUGGGUAUGUCUGGCCAUUGAAAGAGCAAGAUUUUUAAUGAGCAUAGUGUAAUUUUCUGAAAAAAAUGCCACUGCUAAAGCUAUGGUCACUUUCUAUACUCUGCUUCCUUGUUUUUGGUGCUAAAUGUUCUGUAUAUAAGGUAGGUACAAUGAACUAGAAAACUGUUGAAUGAAGUUUUUGAUAAUUGAAUGAACUUCAUAUUACUAAAAUUGCCCUUUUCUAGGGAGUCCAUUUUGUAUGAUAUGAUUUUAGAUGUAAAAUUUUAAAACUUUUUUUUUUUAAUUUUCGAAUUUGUCUACGCGUGCUAUGCUAUGCUGUGAAAUGUCCUGCCCAAAAUGUUCAAACCACUGAUAUUGAAAUAUUAUCAUCAAAUACUGGGAUGGCUGAAACAGCUCUUAUGCAAAUAACACCAAUUAUUGAUCAAUAGGAACCUUCUAAAGUAACAGCAUUGAUUGAUUGACACAUUGACCUGUUAAUGAUACAUGUAGUACAUGUACUUACUACAAGAAGUGUACAAAAUACAAGUCUACCCACUUUAACAAUAACACUAGUAACAGCUGAUGGAAUGGUACAUUCAAAAUGUAGACCGUAUUUUGAACUAGGCCCACAUAGUCUAAGACCCCGUUAGAACUGAAUUGAGCUGGAAAUGAAGAACAAAGUCAAAUUCAAUAGGUUCUUGAAUUCUUCUAAAACCAUUUUUCACAGGAAAAAUGUCAACUUGAGGCUCUGCUGUUUUGAGACAACUUCACGCUCUUACAGCACUGUGUGUGAUUUUAGAAAAGCCAUCUUUAACUUGCACCCUGCUGAAGUAGCCUUUUGGCAUCAGAUUUGUAUUGGUUAUGGGCUUAGUUAGCAGGAAGAAGGUUAACUUGUUAUAUACAUCUUGACUUGACAUCUUUACCACCCCCACCCCCCUUAGAUGUACAUUAAUUGGUGCACUGAAACUACAUGUACAUUGUCCAUGCAAAGCUAGCUGCCCUUUCAGCUUUAAAAUAUGUGACUUUGAUGGUGUUCUGAUGUUGUUAUGGUAACUUCAUAUAAACAAGGUCAACUAGUAGAGUUCAGUGUAUCAAUGGCUGCUGGAAUGUCUAAAACAAACCUGGCCAGUAUGAGAAUAGCUACUGGCUCCACCCCUGUGGUGGUGCCAAAAUGUGUAGCAAACCAGCACCAGUUGACCUUUGAUGAACUGUACUUGACCUGUGACCUUUGCUGUGCUGUGCUGUUGCAGUGACCUCAGUGUGCCUGGUAUACAUAAUGUGUGAAAAUGUGUCAUGUGUAACAUUAAAUAAUCAGUGCUUUCUGUGAUAACCCCAAAUAUCCCUUUGUACAGCAAAAUAACACAACUAUACAAAUAUUUGUGAUCUUGCCAGUAUAUUUUAAUACAAAUACAUGUUGAUCCUUAAAUUGUGAUUGUACAGCUUUGCUUGUAUGAUUUUGUGUUGAAAAUUGUAUUGUUUGAAUUUGUUUUGGUUUUUGAAGUUGUUUCUUUUGUUGUGUUGAUUGUUACAAUAUUGCAUCAGAACUGCUACUUAAGUACUUAUUCAAAAGUACGACCAGUCCUUUUCAUUUUGCAUGUGAUUCUGUUGAUUAUCAUAUCCUUACUAGCCAUAAUCACUCCUACAUUUUUAACCAAAUUUUCAUGUUGAUCUGUAUGCAACAGAGUCACUGGCUUAUCAGAAACCCAAAAAAUAUUAUAAUCUCCCAUCCGACCAAAAUUACCACUUUUCAUGUUCAUGGACCUCAGUUAAUGGUAGCCUGAAGAUGUAAAGAUUUCCCCUCCAAACUUUACUAUGUGAUCGUGAAGAUCAGGUAAUGUGUGUUUUGUACACAUGUACAUUUAGCACAGCAAUAACACAAUAGUCCAUCCCUAUUCUAGAGUCAUGUAUGUAAACAGCUUGGAAGCAACCAAAUCUGAAUGUUCUAGAUGAAAACCAUCUUUCUAUCUGCUAAUAUAGUUUCUGUGUGCUAGUAUAGCCUGAAUUACAGUCCUGUGUUGGACAGUUCAAACAGUUCCUUCUUGUGAUUGUUCUACAGACUCUUUCUGUGCAUACAUUCAACCCAGGAUAAUUCAUAAGUUCCUUUUGCUACUGUUUGCUCUCAUGAUACCACACUACUUUGAAUUGUCAUAUGUUAUCGUCAGAAUGCACUGUUGUUCCCCAUCAGUUCUCUGUUUCUCCCAUACCUAAGUCUAAGAUUUGAUCAGUCAAUCAGUGAUGAUGCCUGGUGACUUGGCUGUUGAAAACAAUUAACAAUAGGAAUGAAGAACAAUGAAUAACUGAUUAACUUCCAAGGGCUACUAUGUAGAUUCUACAUUCCUGUUGUCUGACGUGAUGUUGACCUUGACCUCCCACUGUAAAGUCACCUUUGAACUCUUGUGGCUUCGGCCUUUGACCUGUGAAGUUGACAUUUGACCUCCAUGUUGGAAAUCUCCUGUCUUGUUUGCAUGAUGACUGUUUUUUGACCUACAUCAUGUAGGAAAUAAAAUUGGGAAAACUCUUCA